CGGAACUUCAGUCUGAACGCGACGAGCGUUACGUUCGUUGCGCGUGUUUCGCGUUAAAGUGAAAUCAUGUGCGAGAAACGUGGUAUGUGCACGAGUAGACGACAGGUGCCUCUUCUAGUAGUGACUACUUUGUUAGUUGGCGUGCGCCCGGAAAUAGUCGAUCCGAAUUUCAAGGAACCAAUUACCAAUGUAACUGCACCGGUUGGAAGGGAAGCAAUUUUAUCUUGCGUGGUUCAAGAUUUAGCAGAAUACAAAGUAGCAUGGUUGCGGGUAGAUACCCAAACGAUAUUAACGAUAGCUAGUCACGUUAUCACGAAAAACCAUCGAAUAGCCGUUUCUCACAGCGAUCAUCGCACGUGGUUUCUCCACAUACGAGAGGUAAAAGAAUCUGACAGGGGAUGGUACAUGUGUCAGAUUAAUACGGAUCCAAUGAAAAGUCAAACUGGUUACCUGCAAGUGGUCGUUCCUCCAAAUAUUCUGGACUAUUCAACGAGCACAGACAUGGUGGUACCAGAAGGCAGUAAAGUGACUUUGCACUGCGAAGCGACGGGAUCACCGGCACCUAACAUCACCUGGCGACGCGAGGAUGGCCAAUUAAUACCCUUGGCAAAUGGACGAAAAGUGCAGAGUGUCGAAGGACCAAAUUUUAAUAUAUCUAAAGUAAAUCGGUUACAUAUGGGCUUCUACCUUUGCAUCGCAUCGAAUGGCGUGCCACCAUCAGUUAGUAAAAGAAUUAUGCUGACUGUUCAAUUUCCACCCAUGAUUUCGGUGCAGAAUCAAUUGGUGGGCGCUCAGGAGGGACAACAGUUGACUCUGGAGUGCCACUCGGAGGCUUAUCCUAAAUCCAUCAAUUAUUGGACAAGGGAUAAGGACGAGAUAGUUCCACAAGGAGGGAAAUACGAGCCUGUACUAUUGGACAACGCGUAUAAAGUUCAUAUGAAAUUAACGAUAAGUUCCGUCAGUCCAUCCGAUUUUGGAUCGUAUAAGUGUGUGUCUAGAAAUGCAUUAGGAGACACCGAUGGCACCAUCAAAGUUUAUCCAAUAACAUCUUCGAACUCUACUGGUAGUAAUACAAAAUACAAAGGGAAAUUAAGGCACAAUUCGAGAAACGAUAUAUUCGAAGGAAACCAAGACAUGCUGAAAGAAAGAGAUCUAAAGUUACGAGGCCGCAAAGAAACCAGCGGAAACGAAGAGGAUGAUUACGAAGAUUCGGCUGCGGCGUCGAACAAGGACUCUUUCAGCUUGAUUUUCGCUUUGGUCACAUUCACCAUUUACCUCUACCAUCAUCCGCAGUUAAGAACGCUACAUCCGGCUUGAAGAGCGGCCCCCACCGUGCCAGCACAUUAUCAUCAGAUCCUUCUUUCGAUCGCCACCCAUCGACAAUUUGUAAAUCCACUUAAAAAUCCAUCGCUCAGGGACUCCAUACCGAGGAUAAAUUAAAUCGUGAAAUCGCGCUGACCACCCAUCACACCUGUAUUAUAAGACGACAUACUCUAUUAUGAUUAGUAUCAUUAUUAUUCUGUAACGAUAUUAGCUGUCGUAAGUUAUUCGUAAACCGUAAUCGCGUAGAUUAAGCGGAUGGAAAAAUUCUUUUAUCACGGAGAACGUCACGUAGCGAGCAAUAAGUAAGGGAACACGAGAAGAUCCUGUGCUGGAAUUGAAUUUACAGGUGCGUUGUGUAACGAGCCUGGAUCAUGCUCAAUGGUACGCUAUACUUCGAGAUAGUAGCCAAUGUCAAAUUUCGUUCGUAGUUUUCGCGUAGUCAGUUGCGUUAACGUUUUGCAACGAGAUUAAGAUCGUGGUAGCCGUUCUUCGAUGAACAUCUUCGAUGUUUCACGCGAUUAAAUUAGAAAACUUUGUUUAAUUCAUCUUUAUGUUUCUCUAGUCAGACGUUAGUACUUUUAGUACUCUUUCUUAUGUUCUUCGCAGUGUAGACAGACGCGGUAAAGAUAAUCGAACAAAGGAAAACGAAGAUAAUAAUAAAGUAAGAGAUAUACAGAGUCACAUAGAUUUUUUCGCAGAGCGUGUCUAAAAUGUUCACAGGGAAAAAGUUUCUGUCUAAAAUUUCGAAACUAUCUACUACGAUUACACUUCGAAAGAAGGAAUUACAAUAUAUAGCGCUUUACUUUUACUCUUUUUUACAAAUAUCUAAUUUUUACCUCUAUUUGUUGCUUAAAGUUAUAUCUCUUGUGACAACGAUAUCGCAAACUUUUUAUCGCUGCGUAAUAAAAAAAAGAACGUUAAGUUACGAUAGAUCAAACUUUUCGUUUCCGUCGUUUAGUCUCGAGGAAGAUCGAUAACAUAUAGAAAUCUGGUAUAAUCGAUUUUGCGAAUACGUAAUAACGAGCGCACGACAAUUAGCACCAACAGCCUCGGUGGAAGCCUCCAGUGAUUCGUAUUUAUACCAAGGACAGUGUGUAUCGAACGAAACGAUUAUCGAUAUGCAUUCGUGUAUAUAUACAUAUACAUAUACAUAUACAUAUACAUAUACAUAUACAUAUGCAUAUGCAUAUACGACCGCAUAUUAUAUAUAAAGUAUUAUAAUACGGCCCAUGUAUUUGUAUAGGUAAUCGUAUAUUCGUAUAUAUGUAUAUAAUAUAACUGUAUGUAGUACGUUAGAUAUAGUAUUAUCCAAAGACUGAGAGCAUCGUUUCGACGCUCUUGAACUGCAUUAAAUAAUUAAAUAACGAAGGAUGGCCGAAACUAAAUCACACCUCGCGUGACCCGUAAAAAUCAUGGAUCAAUCGAAGAUGGAAUCUCUCUGUGAAACAGCGCGCAGAAAAAAAUGUACAGUCCCUCAAUUGUAAUUUCUCAAGCUAUCCGUGAAAAUUGUGUAAGAAAAUCGCAUUGUCGUUGCUAA